AUGGACGACACUAAGAAGUGGUUUGAAGCUGUUUUCAACGAAGAGUGUCAACUAAACAGCUUUUUGUUAAGGUUUCAACGCCCUGAGUUGUUUUCAGAGUCCCCGGUAGGUACUUUGAAAGAAUUUUGAAAAUCGGGAUAAAGCAUUUCAUGCGAAACUGAUCUAUGUGACGGUCAUGAAAACUCCCCCGCAACGGGAUGAAAAUUCGAUUCUGGGUCAGUAUUUAACUCAAAGCAACUGAAAAUUAACUUUAUAACCUUGAAAAACUGUAAGUUUUUAGCCGGCUUCGGGAUCAUGGAUGCUGAUUUACUUGGUACAAAGUAUCCUCUAAUGGGCAGUUAAUGAUGGCCAUCGGUUCUUGUCCAAGUUUCAUAGUUAGACCGUAACAUUGUGUGAUUUUACCCUCCAACAGUAAACAGUAAAGAAAACUGUUUUUUUGAACAAGAAUGGCGUUCAAUCCCAACAUUACAAGUGCUUUGAUUUAGAGAGCAAAAUCUAUCAGCCAUGACAUAGAUGCAUAUUUCUGUUCUUUCUUCACAUGGAUUGAGACGGAGAACUUCCUGUGCUGAUUUUCACAAACAAGCCGUUGAGUUUCUGUCUUUUAUGUGAUACUUCGCAGAACAGACCUAAAUCGACUUGAAGUAUAACCAACUCGAAAUACUGGAGGCUGUUAUUUAAGAUACAUACAGACAUAAUUUAAUUUAACUUCGGAUUUUAGAAUAGCCUAAAGGCUAGUAUGUGACACCUACAACAUCACAGAUAAAAAAAACAUAUUAACAUGAAAACACAAACUGUUGGUAAUAGUAAACAUCUAAUUGAUAAAACUAUGGGAAAAAAGUAAAUGCCUAGAUUCCUUCAGACUAGUGGUUCGCGUUUUCGUCUUUUUCACCUGCUUAUACAUACUGACUAAAACUCUUACUGAACGGAAAAAAUGCAAGAAUACUUUUGAGGAGCAUCUGCAAGAAAAACAUAUGUUUAUAUCCUGAAAUCGUGCCUAGAAAAAGGCCAAAGGUUUGAAGAAAAUCUGUGAAGAGGUAUAGGCUUGUUAAGAAUGAACUCAGUAGAAAUAUUUUGAAUGAUUAAUAAAACAAUUAUUGAAUUCAGCUUUCGUACGAUGUGAAGAAUUAUCCUGAUCUCGGUCAUAAUAUUCUCCUCGAUCUGUAUAACUGUUUACGUCAUGGUCAGCCUCAUUAAAUAAUUGCUACUGAAUAAUUAAAAAGCGCACUUCAGUCGCGGCUCGUUUUUGAAUGAACUAGAAUCUUUCAUUGACUGUCCUCGAUUAUCAUGGCUUUUGUAUCACCUGAAUUCAUGGUCCAGUUCUCAGUGCGCUAGUGAAUCACCUAACCUGAGGACCGGCUAACACAAGAAGCGCGCGGGUAUUUCUGUAGCGAUUUUUAACGGCCAGAUCAGUUUUAUUUUGAUAGACUAACACUCAAUUUUUCCUUUCUUUGUUAUUUUUCAGUGGUUUACUCCAACACUGUUUAUUUUGUAUCGUCUGGUAAUAGCCUCUUGCUGUGUGAUCUUUGCAGAGGAAAGCGUCCUCAAUAAUCCCAGCUAUCGCUGGCUUCUGCAGUUCGACAACUGGAGUAUAUCCUCGACCUGCUUGCACUUUAUUCUCAACACAGGGCUUCUUUUUCACAGCCAAAUAGAAACAUGGAGAGAAAACAGGAGAAAGAAGAGAGAAAUUGAAGAAACAAAACACGUUAAACAGUACGAAAAGAUAUACUGGGCAGAAGAUAGAAUAACGGAAAGUGAUGAAGAAUUUCUUUGGCCAUGGGAGGAGGACCAUGCAGUCGAAUUGCAAGAAGACAGGCUGUCCUAUUAUCAUAAAACAUUAUGGCUCCUACAAAGCAUUGCUGGCAACAGUAUUCUUGUUGUGACCGUAUGCUAUGUUAUUCUUGAGGAUCAUAUCAAGGCGAAAGUGCUCGCCACGUAUCUUUCUCUCGCAGUAUUUCUUCUCGCUGAUGCUAUAUUAAGUUUUACUCCAAUCAGACUCUUGCAUUUUGUUUAUAGCUAUUUGUUUACUUUAUUGUACGUCUUAGUUAUUGCUGUUUACCAUUUUGCUAAAAGAACUCAUCAAAUCUCCGCGCUACCGAGCUUAGUAAACAGGAUUAUUCAGGAUCCUUUUCAGGCAAUGUUGGUUAUCCUUGUUCUUCUCAUUGCUCAGCCACUGUUUCAAACGCUGUACUUUUGCGUUCAUAAGUUGAACACGUUCAUAUAUAUCAAAUGUUAUAGCUAUUGACUAAUGUCCUGCCCACAUUAACGGGUUUUCGUUUGAAAAGGCAUACGUUUCGAUACGUUUAGGCCUUCCGUCCACAGUAAUACGCUGGGCGCGUUUAUAUCGAAAACGCAUCAAUUUGAAAACGCGUUUUAGUGUGAACGGUCGAAAAGGCAGGCGCGUGUGUUUGUAGCAAUUCUAUCGUUUUCCAACGUUUUAGUGUGGACAGUCGAAAACGUAUCAUGAACGGUAGUGUGGACACGAUUAGAUCGAUGCGUUUCGAUGACAACGUAAAACGUUCAUACUUUUGAAAACGCAUUAGUGUGGACAGAGCCUAAGUUACAUGCUGCCCACCGGAAAUUCAUAGAUUGCAUAUGUAAAUAUAGUUAUUUAUAAUCAUUUUCAAGUAAAAUAACUCUAAAGCAGCUAAUCUGAGAGACUACAAACUGCUAAGUUAUAGAACUUUUAACAUAUGUUAAUUUUCACCAUCCCAAAAGAUAAAAAAAAAUCAAGUAUAGUAAAAGAAAUGUUUCUUUUGGUUUACGUUAAUAACUGUAGUCACGUGUCUGAUGACGUCGUAAUUAAGGACAAAGAGAAAUACGGGCCAAACUAUUGGGGCGGCAAAAAGCAUGCUCGAUGGAGAAAAUCUCACCUUUCAUUAGAGUUCACGUAUCUUUUUUUGCCCCAACACAAGUCAUGCAAAAUUUGUGUUGAUUGCACGCCUAGGAGAUGAAACUGUCAUUCAUUUGAAAUAUAUCAGAGGGUUUCCCUAAACCGACCGUCAACGUUAUUGAUAGCGAGCAGAAGAUUCCGAAACAAUCUUGAAAGUAUGGCUGACGCAACCUAACAUUCAUCCUACAAGACCAGGGCGUUACAAGGUUUAAACGCACCUUAUGGAUAGUUAAUUUCGCGCGAUUGUUAAAAAAUUCACGAAAUUGAGACGCGCGAAUACAAAUCCUCGAGCAGUUUAAGUAUGCCAAAUUUAAUACUUAUAUAGAAAAUUCAAGACACAGAAAAAAAUGCUUUUAAAACAUGUAAUAUUAAUAACUUAUACAGGGUGUGUAACGACAGCUAAACAAAUUGUUGACAAAGAUGUUAACGCAUUUAGCUAAUAAUAAAUAAUAAUAAAAUAUUUAUAUAACGCCUAUACUUUUCAAUGCUAAGCGCUUUACGAUGCUUUGAAAAAAUUAAAAAAAUUAAAAAUUAAAAUUCUGGAACCAUUUACAUAUAAUCCUUACAUGGUCACAAAAACGCAAAAUUAAAACCUAAGAAACUUCGUAAACUCGCUUAAAUAGAAAGGUCUUCAAUUUAGAUUUAAAUUUAUUUACAUCAUCGAUCGAUCUAAUAUCAACAGGUAGAUCGUUCCAGAGUAUAUGGGCAAUGCAAGACAGAAAAAAGCCCUUAAACCGUACGUCUUAAAGUUAUAGGGUUUAAUAACAAGACAUCACUUGUCUAAAGAUUAGCGAAGGCACCUCGUAGGUUCAAAAACAUAUAGUAGGUCUACCAAAUAACCAGGAGCUAAUUGUUGAGUAUCUUAAAACAUAUAAGAUUAAUCUUAAAGAAUAUUCUUUGCUCCACUGCAUGGUAGCCAGUGCAGCUCCUUUAGAGUAUCGCGUCUAAUAUGAUCAAACUUACGUAAGCAAGAAAUCACACACGCUUUAGUGUUUUGGACACUUUUUUACAGUUUGUUAAACUCAUUCUUGGGAUGACCAUGUGAAAGCGAGUUGCAGAAAUCCAGCUUAGAAUUUAUGAAUGCGUGCCCAAGAACUCCAUGAUCAGUGUUUGUAAUUAACAUUGAUAUACUUGCGAAUCUUAGCUAUAUUUCUGAGAUGGUAGAAUGCCCCUUUAACUAUUUUGUUGAUAUGAAAAGAUAUCGUUUCGGUAUUAUCGAAAAUGACGCCCAUAUUACGCGCCUUAUUUGUAGGCUUGAUGAUAUCAUUUUCCAAGUAGAAGGAAGCCGCGGGGGCAGUCUGAACCUAGAAUAGAGAAUGAGAAGUUCCGUUUUGUCAGUAUUUAGCUUCAGUUUUUUAGUAGUCAUCCAGUUAGUGAUAUCGACAAGGCAGCUCUCAAUCCGGGAAAUUGUAUAGUGGUAAGAUCAACGCUAUCAUCACGACUGAAGGUUAAGUGUACAGUUGAGUAUCAUCAGCAUAUAGAAGGAAUUCCAUAUCAUAUAUGCCAUCGUAUUAUGUCACCCAGUGGGGUCGUGUAUAAGAGAUAUGAACGCCCCAACACGGAUUCCUGGGGUACACCAAAUCUGAGCGUACGAACUGAAGAAGUAAAUCAAUCUGAACUGCCUGGAAACGAUCCGUACUGAGAUAAGACUGAAGCCACGCAAGCGCUUUUCCUUUUAAACCAAACCUGGAUCGCAGUCUGUAUAACAAGAUCUUUUGAUCGACAGUGUCGAAGGCGGCUGAUAGGUCCAGCAGCAAGAGAACGACGCAUUGUUCAUUAUCGAUCGAUUUCAGUAUAUCAUUUUGAACACGUAGAAGCGCUGUGUCAUAACUAAAAUUUCUUACAGUAAGCAAGUCCACAUUUUUGUUUCAUAAACUGGCUCCUUCAGUUAUUGACCUGACCGUUGUUUAAGUCAAAGAAAUCCUGGCGCGUUCGACCAAGGAUCAGAAUAGGCUAAGAAACGAAGAAAAAAAGGACUGUGAUGGUCUAAGAGCAUGAAGGAAAAAUGCUAUAAAUGUCAUCCAAAGAGAUUUAAAGCUCAUCUUAAGACCUAGAUAAUCAAAUGUUUUUUUACUGGUAAUAUUAGCGUUUUCCAUUUUACUCCCUCGGGAGGGGUUUUAUAGUGUAUUGAGAUCAAUUUUAUUUUGUUUAGUGCAUUUACCGACCCCAAAACCAACCUGAAACCUUUCAAAUUGAACUUUAAUCUUAUACUAAACUGAUUUUCCAGCUUUUUCAAAAAACUGUUAAUUGACCUUGGCAGUGUGGUUGGAUGGUAAAUAAAAACUGAUCGUUCGGUAUUAAAUUUAUCAAGGAAAUCGAAGGUGAUUGGUUUCAGCUUUAGUGUAUUCUUUACAGCAAUACAUUGACUUGCUUGAAACAUUUAGUAAACAUUUUUAGUUGAGUGAUAGGAUAAUCUGCAUUCUUUCAAGUUUUUUUUUCCAUGAAAAAGACAGUGGAGGGACCAGUUUCUGGGUUGUAUCUUUUCAAACGGAUUUAAGGAAAACAUUUUAAAAUGUUAAAUAAUAUAUUAUGCAAAGAAAUGCGGUUUCUCGCUAGCACAGAAGGUCUCUGUUUAGCCCCAGAAAUGAACAACGGAGUCUACGUGCAACUCCGUGAAAACAUAACAACAGCUGAAAUCUUCUAAAACCAAGUACUUGAACUGAAAUAACAAAAACCCAUUUGUAAAUAGCAAAAAACUAACAUUAGCCAAGCCAUAAAUUUCGUGAAAGUUAUGUUACUUGCAUCGGUGAAUGACAGUUCAUUCGGUAUGUUUGAAUUGCCUUAAUUUGCAGUUGCUACCAACCUAUUGUAUGGGGAGCUUUACUGUUUACACUGUUUACAUAGCUGUCGCCUGCACUGAGUGAGACGAUAUUAAAACUGGCUUACGUGCAAUAACUGGAUGUAUUCCCUGGUCUUCGUGAAUGUUACAAAUUUACUGAGCCAAAAUUCAUUUGUUUAACAUGUUAUUUGUGAAUUUCUUCGCUGCGGUUUUACUCUUUUCCUGGAGUCAAAUGGUCCAAGGAAAAUAUAACCAACAACCAAAAAAUGAAAUCAAAGGUAUGUUUUACAUAUGACGGUUAAUACUUGAUGGUCCUGAUAAUUAUGCUAUGUCCAAGAAGCAGGCUUCUUUAUUGAUUAGAGAUCAGAAAAAGAAUCUUGUAAAAAUUCUUGCAACGAAGCCAUUUAAAGAACGCCUUUUCUUGCGUGUAUUCAGUCUUUGCCUUCGUAUGGAGUGUGGAUGGCGGGAAAAAAUUUAGUUUUAUUCUCUAUCUCUACGCUCAGCCGAAUAGAAAAUGUUUCUGUUAUAAGUAUAAAGAGACAAAUCAACAGACUGAUAAAUGGAGAGAGCCGCCAGCAAUUGAGUUUAUUACAACAGUGAUAGUUAUAGCAAAAACAAGGAAUGUAUUAUAAAAUAGAAAUAAAGAGCACUAAGAAAGGCUAGAUUAAGGGAACAACAUAAAUGCUGACAAGAUAUGCUGAAAAAAAAAUUAAAAAACUAAAACAGAGUCAAAUCGUUUUAACAUAGCGAUGCGAAAAUACAAGUACAAAUUAGACGUAGGUAAAACCUAUAACUCCUACACAAGAAAACGAAAAAAGUAGCCCGACGAGUAAACUGGUCGGGGUCAAGUGAUGUGAAAUUCACAAGGAGUGUUUUAUAAAGGAUCUAAUGGUCCCAAUCGGAACUGAACUAAACAAUGUAAUCAACAACUAAACGAAAUACAUUUUAGUUUACUUCUGAACGACUCUGUGUCCCUGAGCCGUUAAAGCCAUUCGUACGUUUUCGAUCAGUGAAAAAACGAACAUAUGUAGCGGCUUCAAUAUCGGAAAUAAAGAACCCGUUCAUUGCAUCCUCUUUCAUCCUGGAUUGCUGGCAAUUUUCAGGUAUCUGACUGCAUAUCGCAUUUAGCUACCUGGUACUGAUUGGAGGCCAUUAGUGGUCUUUUGUUGUUGGUUCUUUCCCUUGCUCCGAGAGGUUUUUCUCCGGGUACUCCGGUUUUCCCUCUCCUCAAAAACCAGCAUUUCCAAAUUCCAAUUCGACCAGGAAUCAGGUAGACGAAGAACCACUAUGUGGAUGUGCUACCUGCAAAUCGUUCUUUUUUUUUUUUUUCUUAGUCCUUCUUAUAGAGUAGAUCUUAAAUCUAAACCCAGAGAUAAAAAAAAAUGUCCAAAAGAAGUACGUUCGCAACUAAGAUUCUUCUUUGUAUUCUUCAGAUAUCUUAAAGCUCUUUAAUGAGCACGGCACAAGACUCCACAAGCGAUCAGGUUAGUGUACUCCUGAUAAAAUCCCUUGAGAAGUAACCAGAGGAACUGAGAUUUUAAGAUUAAAAGUUAUCUUGUUAAAAGUCCCUCGGCUCGGCAUAAGCAAUAUCACCUGAGUUAACAAACUGGCAUUUUCUUCAAACGCAAUUAACUAGCCGGCCUUGUAAGAUCCGAGAACAAUACAAACACUGAUUUAAAAACUCGCGGCGUUUAUUUAAACUGGCCUGAUGCUGAUGGGGUCAUUAGAGUUCGUUUGAGCCUGCAGAAAUACGGCAGUACAGCGUGGUUAACAUACCUAGGUUUUAUUUUUUCUGAUUUUUCUUUUAAAUUUAUCAGUUUCAGUUAACGUUCUUAAGGCUAUUGGUAAUUUAUGCCAAAGAUACGGACCAAGAUAUUUAAUAGAAUGUUUACCAAAAGUUAUCUUGUUAAAUCUAGGAAUCAUAAAGUCAGUUUUGCCGACUGUGGUGUUUGCGGACUUUGAAGAUAUUUAAGAUUUGCGCCAAAAUCGUUCUAAAAAUAAAACUGGUCUGUGAAAACGUCGUGAUACGGGUACAUGGAAGUUGCUCACUCCAGAUUAUGAGCUCCUGUCCGGCUUUAUUAACAAUGAAAUCUCUUGUGAUUUGUAGCUCCAUGCGUGGAUACUUAUCCUUCCUGUGACAUUUACAAGCCUUACUGUGAACAUCCUGACUACGUAGACUGGGUCAAGGACAACUGCAAAAAGAGUUGUGAUCUCUGUCCAAAAGGUAAGGCGCAAGGGCGAGGCGCGUUUGAGUCAGGUGAUUAAAGGAUCAAUUAACUACGAAAAAUGUGCCACCUUCGACUGAUCAACAAUUUUUUUUUAUUUGUUUAGAAUGCAUUGACCGCGUUUCCUAUUGUGAUGCUAUCAAGAACAGAUGCACUGAUCCUCUGAUUGCAAGCUCAAUGGAGCAUUACUGUGCAAAGACGUGUGGGGUGUGUCAAGGUAAAAACGUCAAUGAUCCGUCAUUAAUACAUUCAGAGGAAAUGCUGUUAUUUUAGUACAUAACAACGUAUACCUUUAAAACUAUUGUUUGUUUUCUCGGUUUUAUAUUUAUUUAUUUAUUUAUUUAUUCAUUUUACAGUCCCAACAACACCUCCGCCACCAACAACAAUUCCAAGAACAGAACGACCCAUUGAUCAGGGUGAGCUAACGCAGUUGUAUGACUGAGCUGAGCGUGUAAUGAUCAGUCGGUAAUAACGCUAUGUCAUGUCACUUGGGUUGUUUACCAUUCACAAACAUUUUCCUGAUAAUCCGGUUAGGAAGUAAAUGAAACACGCCUUCUUGGGUCGCUCGGGCGAAAAAUUUCCCAGAGUAACGGAACAUCUGAAAAAGGUAGUCCUGUUUGACCUGUUUUUCCGGAUUGAAUUCGUGUUCCAUUUCUUCAAAGCCAUCUUUGAUACCACUUUCAGCCCUUUGCAGUCGUUUUUCGGUGAAUGGAACCGUGAUUUGUGCAAAGGGUAAACGCGAUUCGCGGCAAAAUUGACCAAUUAUGAAUUUCACUCACCAUUUGACCAAAUCAUGGUAACCGACCAGUUAACCCAUGUAAAUGGUAAACAACCUUAAAGCCUCAAAUAAUUCUAUCAUUACAUGUCAGUUCUUUAUGACAUAGAAAGGAACAAUAGUAAAACGUACUUAAACCUCCCCAUAUAUUCAAAACUUACUGAAAUGCUUGUUUGCCUAAGGCCGAGGUCUGAGCAAGCCGUCCUUCUUCAGGGGAUUUAAUGAAGAAUCGUAUGAGGAUGAUCACUAUCAAGUUAAACACUGAUUGAAUAUGCCUUGGACACCUAGUUAGUAAUGCGCAUUCAUUACAAGAAAACAGCCAAUAGUCAGAUCGCGUACUUUUGUAGCCAUAGAAUAAUACUCUAAUAUUAUCAGGUUUUACUAAAAUAAGAUAAGGCAGGACUCUAAUUACUGCAUCGUCAGUUCUUCAGGUUGGACGUCUCAAACCAAAAAUAUAUAUUAAGGAUAAGAAUAACUUAAUAUCUAUUUCCCUUACGCAAAUCUAACGAAUUAAAAACAUAGUUAAAAAGGAAAAAUCGAAAGUAUUUACUGUUUGCACAUCUCUAAAAGAUCUUCAGUUGAGUUAUCUAGGGUUUCAAAUCGGUGAUACACAAAACGUAUUAACGGCCCCGGUUGUUGAAAAGAUGGAUAGCGCUACCACGGGAUAAAUUACUAAUAUAUACCAAUAACCAAUAUACACUGUCCAGUGGAUAGAGAUUUAUCCCAUGGAUAGCAUUAGCCACCUUUUGAACAACUGGGGCCUGGUCUGAAAAUUAGUGGCGAAUACGCGAAGUCGCUCUUUUCUUUAAACAGGAAGCGUGGAGUGUGGAAAAAAAGCCGUUCACAGCAGAAUAGUGGGAGGAAUAAACGCUCAACCAGGAUCAUGGCCGUGGCAAGUAACAAUGGAUUAUACAGGAGAACCAUCCCCUCAUUGGUGUGGAGGUUCUAUUAUUACCCCUGAGUGGAUCGUUACUGCAGCUCACUGUUUUGCCCACGGUGAUGAAACUCACAAAUACACUAUUACCGUAGGUGAGGACAGCACUAUUAAAAAAGCGUUAAUCAUAUUUUCAUAGUUAUUCAUUUUAUUAUGAAAGACAUUAUUAUAAAUAUAUCAAAAACUCUUCUAAUUUAAUUAUUUCACCCUUUCUAACUUCUUCCUACCAAGUACAUAAGAAUAGCUUAAAAAGAUUGAGUUAGCCAAUUAAUUAUUGUUUUAAAUGUAAAGCGUUUCCGCUUGAUUUAGGAGCAAAGAAAGACCGAGGAACUGAAUUUUUGGUUUUUGCCUCGCGAAAAAUUUGACUAAGAGCCAAAAAAUGAAAGAGGAGGGAGGGGGAGGGGGAGGGGAAGGAAGGAGAAGAUUUCCUUCCUUUCUCUCAUCCCCUCCCCGCCCUUUUACUCGCACCAUUUCUCGUGCGGUCUUCGACUCUCGUUCCUCGUUCUUUGCUCCGAAACCGCACGGAAACGCUCGCUUGGCAGGCUAUUAGACUCCCUUUGGCAUGAAAAACGAAAACUAUCAACCUCUGCGCGGCUCCAUUGGCGCAAUAGAUAACAGCCUUUAGCUACGCCGAAUAACAAAACACAACCCUUGGACAUUUUUCAGUACCGCUCGCCAUCUGUUGGCAGGGCAACCCCAGCAGCUUGAAACCAACAACUUCUCACCAAUGACCCUAGUAAUCGUCCUCUCCACCUGCAAAGAAUAAGAAGCAACACCACGGUCUGUGUUCCCUUCUCCGAAGAACGGUGUGGGUUCUUGAUGUCCCCUUCGAAAAGAUAAAAAAAGUUGAUAAGAAGCUAUAGCUAGCCCAGAAAGGAGUGCUUUGCGCUCGUUGAGGCAGUGACGGGGAAAUACACAAUGAGCUUUCGGACCAGAACGUGAAAACAGCUGUCCGUGCUUGCGGCUGCCACUGCCCAUUCUCGUCCUUAAAUCCCGUCUUUUCUUGGUCACGUGGUCUUGAAACGAGGGGAACCACUGGUUCGUUCAAAUUAAGCUGAGUGGGUCUGGGGACGAGAAUGGCCACUUCCCGGGUGAUAUAGCUUUGUGCUUGUGUACCUAGUCCACCGUAGUUUAGUGUUCGAAGGAGUGUUUCCCUAAAAAGGAAUCACGCGGCACAGUUUCUCUCCUUCUCUUCCUCGCCCUAUCUUUUAAAUGUUAAAUGAAAGCGAGGAUGUGAUAAGUACAUUUUGUUUGCUUUGAACAUCGACAGGUGAACAUAAUCUCGACAGACUGGAGGGCUAUGAACAGAAUAUCACCGUUGAAAGAAUUAUUAAACACCCAAAAUAUGACGCCUAUAGUAAUCACGACUAUGACGUAGCUUUGAUGAAGCUGAAGACGCCAAUCAAAUACAACAGUCACGUGAGACCAGUGUGUCUGGCAACGUCUGACUUCGAUGCAGGAACCAAUUGUUUUGUGACCGGAUGGGGACACACAAGUGAGGGGGGAAAUAUCGCACGGGUAAAUAUCGAACCCUCUUCCUAACUUUUCUCCAUUUGACCGAGUCUUAAAACCUGCAACCAAUCGUUCUUACAAUAAUUAAAACUGCGAGAUGAAAUGCCAUUUUCCUAGUAAAAAAAAAUUCUCAAGGGGCUAGUAUAUUAAAACGAGUCUAGGGGCAGUAUACACAACGUACCUAGGGUGUUUAGCGAAUCAAAAAAUACAGAAAUAUUAGUCCUCCUUCUUUAUAAAAAAGGAGGGAUUGAUUACAUAAUUACUGUAUGGAAAGCAAUUAUCGCUUGAGCAUCAAAACGUUGGCUUUUACACGCUAAGCUAUUUGUUUAUGUCUAAAAAUAUCCUUUACUUCCUGCCAUUCUUGAUCAAUCAGGUCACCUAAGUUGUAUUGGUUGUUAGGAAAUCGGGUCAUCUUCACCAGCUGCCAACAAUUGAAGCCAGCAUUAAAACCCACACUCUUGCACUAAUUUUUCCCAGCUGUGGUUUCUCCAGGCUACGCUACGAAGGCAGAGAAACCACUACUCGCAGGAUAUUUGUUUAUUUUAUGUCCGUUACGCGUGUGGUCACCAAUAGAAAGAUGACUCCGUAGAAACCAAUUUAGUUAAACUCUUUUUUAUUGCAUUUAGAAAGCAAGUAAUGAAUAAUCUAAAUGUCAUUGAUUAAUUUUAAAUUCAAGUUUAUCACUUCUUGCAUGGUAUGUUACAGAUUUUGCAGCAGGCGGAAGUUCCCCUUGUUUCACGUGACACUUGCCAGAACGCCUACAGUAGCGUAGGAUGGGGAAGAUACAAAAUCACAACACGCAUGCGUUGCGCAGGUUAUGCUGGUGGGGCGAUUGACGCAUGUCAAGGAGACAGUGGAGGACCGCUGGUCUGCGUCAGGAAUAACAAAUGGUUUCUUAUGGGCGUGGUCAGCUGGGGAAUAGGCUGUGCUCGGGAGGGAAGAUAUGGAGUGUACGCAGAUGUUAUGGAUCUCAAAUAUUGGAUUCAGGAAACCAUAAAUAAAGGCUAAUGUGAAGUAGAUUCAGAAAAACUCGUUGAGA